GUGGUUGGAAUAAAAAAAAAAUAAAAAAAAAUAAAAAGUCAGAAAACACAGACGCAGCCACUUUUAUAAUUCGAAUCCAACCUCCCUCUUGGUAUUCAUUUCCUUCCCUUUGCCUUCAAAAUCAGCAGAAUCUCUAAAGUUUUAGCACAUCCAAACACAAUAAAAUCGAUCGCUCUGCUGAGAAACAAAGUCACCAAGUAACCCGAUAUACACCUCCAUCAGGGACUGAGUCUAGCGAAAGGUCCUUCUAUUAAGGGGCCAUUCAAGGGUAUUGGUACAAAAGAAAGUACCAAUUUUUACAAAAGCGCAUAGACAAAGAAAAAUAGAAUCAUGGCUUUUAGUGGAAUGCUUUUUCCACAACUGCAGUUACUUGGGUUGAUAAUUUUAGCAGCAACAGCAGCAUCUCAACCAAAUUCGAACUGCAUACAGAAUUGUGGAUCACUUAACAUCCCCUACCCAUUUGGAACACAGGAGGGCUGUUACCUUGAAGAGUCUUUUCUCAUCAUUUGUAACGACACUUUCAACCCUCCAAUGCCUUUUCUGGGCAAUGGUAAUCUACAAGUUCUCAACAUCUCGCUGGACGGUGAACUGCAAGUCUCAACAUUCGUAGCACGUGAUUGCUACAACAAGUCAGGGCUUGAUUACAGCAACAGUUAUUCCCAGCUUACGUCUCCAAAUUUUCCUAUCUCACACGAGAGGAACAUGUUCACAGCCAUUGGUUGUGACACUCUGGCGCUUAUUGGAAAUAUAGAUGGAAAGAACUAUACGACUGGAUGCCUAUCACUCUGUGACAACAUUGAAAGUGUAGAUAGCGGGUCUUGCUCUGGCAUUGGCUGCUGCCAGACUUCUAUCCCUAAAGGUGUAACAGAUUUUAUUGUGGUUUUGUCGAGCAUUGACAACCACUCCAAUGUACUCGAAUUCAAUCCUUGUGAUAUCGGUUUUGUAGUGGAAGAAAAUGCAUACAACUUUUCCUCUUUAGAUCUUACAAAUUUUAAGAAUGAUACCGUUCCAGUGGUGCUUGAUUGGGCAGUUGGGAAUGAGACAUGCCUAGAUGCUCGAAGAAAUUCAACAAGCUAUGCAUGUAAAGCAGAAAAUAGUACAUGUUAUGAAUCCAACAACAGGCCUGGAUAUCGUUGCAAUUGCUCCUCUGGCUUUCAAGGAAACCCAUACCUCCUCGAUGGUUGCUAUGAUAUUAAUGAGUGCGAAAAUUCAAACCCCUGUGAUAAAGAAUGCCAUAACAUUCCUGGGAGUUUCUAUUGCAAUUGUCCGAAGGGCUAUGAAGGCGAUGGGUUCAAAAACGGAACUGGUUGCGGUGCUAAAGUGAGCCAAUCCAACCUAAUCAUUAUUGCACUAGGUAUCAGUGUUGGCCUUUUAGUAUUACUUGUGGGAGGUUCAUUGAUAUAUUGGGGACUGAAAAAAAGAAAGCUCAUCAAGCUCAAAGAAAAAUUCUUCCAACAAAAUGGGGGCUUACUACUCCAACAGAAACUAUCUAGUCACAGCGGCUCUAUGGAGACAGCCAGAAUUUAUAGUGCAGAAGAGCUUGAAAUAGCCACCAACAACUAUGAUGAGAAGAGAGUCCUUGGCCAUGGAGGCUAUGGAACAGUUUACAGAGGAAUAUUACCAGAUGACAAAGUGAUUGCUAUUAAGAAGUCUAAAAUUGGUAGUCAGAGCCAGGUUGAACAAUUCGUAAAUGAGAUAACUGUGCUUACUCAAAUUAUCCAUCGGAAUGUGGUUAAGCUAUUAGGUUGUUGUCUGGAAACAGAAGUACCCUUACUAGUUUAUGAAUUCAUCACAAACGGGACUCUUUCUGAGCACAUUCAUGAUAAUGGUCGGUCAUUAUUACUUUCAUGGGAAAAGCGUUUGAAGAUUGCAACAGAAACUGCAGGAGCACUUGCAUACUUGCAUUCUGCAACUUCUGUGCCAAUCAUACACAGAGAUGUUAAAACUGCAAAUAUAUUAUUAGAUGAUAACUUCACAGCAAAAGUGUCUGACUUUGGAGCCUCUAGGUUGAUUCCUCUUGAUAAAACAGAAUUAAACACACUGGUGCAAGGAACUUUCGGAUACAUGGACCCAGAAUACUUCCAUACUAGUCAGCUAACAGAAAAAAGUGAUGUCUACAGUUUUGGUGUUGUUUUGGCAGAGCUUCUGACUGGUAGGAUGGCACUUUCUUUCGAUAUGCCAGAAAGUGACAGAAAUCUAGCAAAGUACUUUGUUUCUGCAAUAAAAGAUGACCGCCUACUUCAAAUUCUUGAGGAUAACAUUGUCAAUGAGGGUAAUAUUAAGCUACUAAAGGAAGUUGCUAAUAUUGCAAAAAGGUGCUUAAAUGUGAGAGGCGAGGAUAGGCCUCCUAUGAAGGAAGUGGCAAUGGAACUAGAGGGCUUGGUUAUCAUGGAAAAACAUCCUUGGGGAAAUGCUAAUGUCUAUACAGAAGAGACUGAGUACUUGCUCAGUGCACCUACUCAAUCAUUCAACAUUGAUGUUGACACAAAUUGUUCCACCAGUAUAGGGUACGAUAGCAUGAUAAACCAAGUAUUGAAACCUUUAGAUGGCGGGAGAUAAUUAGUUAGUCCGCCAUAGUAUUCUUGCAUCAAUUAAGACUAAAUUAUUGAUAUAUCUAUUAUGUGUCUGUAAUCAUUUUACAUUAAAUGAUAGAAUUGGGGGUGUGAUUGAACUUAUCUAUGACAUUAUAUUUGAAUAUGUAGAUUGGUUUGUUUUGUGUA